UAUUAAAAAGCACGGUGGUGGUGAUGAUGGAAAAGGCAGAGCACGGUGAAGUUUAGAAUUCUUGUAUAAACAGGGAUUGUUGAAAGGUGAGGAAAUUCUGACAGGAAAAAAGAGACUGAUUUGAUUGUGUUGCAAUGAAAUAGGUGUUAUCAUUUUGUACCAUUGCCGAAUCGUUAUGUUGAAUCGAGUAGAGAGUGCAGGUACUGAUACUAUAUGAAUAUGAUACGCUAAUGUUGCUACGCCCACUCACUUCAUUAUUUUAUUUACAGAAUACAUCCAAAAGAGAGAGAAAGGAAGAGAGUAGGGAUCUCAUCUGCGCUGCACCGUCGACCCAAACCUCAAUCCGUUCAAUUAUUUCAUCUUUCACUGCCUCAAUCAUAAGCGCUGUGCAGAAUGAGCGGAGCCGUUCUUGUUGCCCUCGCUGCUGCUAUCGGCAAUUUCCUGCAAGGAUGGGAUAAUGCUACUAUUGCAGGAUCUAUUUUGUACAUAAAGAGGGAGUUCAAGUUGGAAAGUGAACCCACAAUCGAAGGUCUAAUUGUGGCUAUGUCACUUAUUGGAGCCACUGUGGUUACCACGUGCUCCGGGUCCCUGUCAGACUGGCUAGGCCGACGACCUAUGUUGAUCAUCUCCUCUCUGCUUUAUUUUCUUAGUUCUCUCGUCAUGUUGUGGUCUCCAACUGUCUAUAUUCUCCUCUUUGCAAGGCUUUUAGAUGGAUUGGGCAUUGGUUUGGCAGUGACCUUGGUACCUCUUUACAUAUCCGAGACUGCUCCAACUGAGAUUAGGGGAUUACUGAAUACCCUUCCUCAGUUUACUGGUUCUGCUGGAAUGUUCUUUUCCUACUGUAUGGUGUUUGCUAUGUCCCUCACCAACGCCCCAAGCUGGAGACUCAUGUUGGGUGUUCUUUCAAUUCCCUCUCUUAUUUAUUUUGCACUCACACUAUUCUUCUUGCCCGAAUCACCAAGAUGGCUUGUCAGUAAAGGCCGGAUGCUGGAGGCCAAGAAGGUUUUGCAACGACUUCGUGGCAGGGAAGAUGUCACUGGUGAGAUGGCUUUACUUGUCGAGGGUCUCGGAGUUGGGGGUGAUACCGCAAUAGAAGAGUACAUAAUUGGUCCAGCCAAUGAAUUCAGUAAUGCAGAGGAUCCUUCAGCCGCAAAUGAGCAGAUCAAAUUGUAUGGGACGGCAGAAGGUCUAUCUUGGAUUGCUAAACCUGUCACUGGACAAAGUUCCAUUGGCCUUUUAUCUCGGAAGGGAAGCAUUAUUGCAAAUCCAAGUGGUCUGGUGGACCCUCUAGUUAAGCUCUUUGGUAGUGUCCACGAGAAGUUCACAGAAACAGGAAGCAUGCGUGGAAGCGCACUUUUUCCACACUUUGGAAGCAUGUUUAGUGUGGGGGGAAAUCAACUUAGGAAUGAAGAUUGGGAUGAAGAAAGCGCUGCCAAGGAGGGUGAUGAUUAUGUCUCUGAUGCUGCUGCCGAUGAUUCUGAUGACAAUUUGCAGAGUCCAUUGAUCUCACGACAAGCAACAAGUGUGGAUAGGGACAUGGCUGCUCCCACCCAGGGUAGCAUGAGGCAAGGUAGUCUUGUGCAAGGAGAAGCUUCUGGAAACACAGGGAUUGGUGGUGGAUGGAAGCUGGCAUGGAAAUGGUCUGAAAAAGAUGGUGUUGUCAAGAGAAUAUAUUUACACGAAGAAGGUGGUCCUGGAUCUAGACGUGGGUCUCUCAUUUCCCUUCCAGGUGGUGAUGCACCGACCCUAACGGAUGGUGAGAUUGUUCAGGCUGCUGCCCUGGUGAGUCAGUCAGCCCUUUAUAACAAGGAGCUUAUGCAUCAGCAGCCAGUUGGACCAGCUAUGAUCCAUCCAUCCGAAACAGCUGCAAAAGGACCAAGUUGGAGUGAUCUUUUUGAGCCUGGAGUGAAGCAUGCACUGAUUGUGGGGGUGGGGAUUCAAAUUCUUCAACAGUUCUCUGGUAUAAAUGGUGUGCUCUACUAUACACCUCAAAUUCUUGAGCAAGCAGGUGUUGGGUAUCUUCUUUCAAACCUGGGCCUUGGUUCUACUUCUGCGUCUUUUCUUAUCAGUUGUGUGACAACCUUGUUAAUGUUACCUUGUAUAGCUGUGGCCAUGAGGCUCAUGGAUAUAUCUGGCAGAAGGACCUUGCUGCUGACCACAAUCCCCGUCUUGAUAGUGGCUCUUCUGAUAUUAGUAGUAGGGAGUCUUGUAGAAUUCAACAGUAGUGUGAAUGCUUUUAUCUCAACUUUGAGUGUCAUUGUCUACUUCUGUUGUUUCGUCAUGGGUUUUGGGCCAAUUCCUAAUAUCCUUUGUUCAGAGAUCUUCCCUACUCGAAUUCGUGGUCUAUGCAUAGCUAUAUGUGCUCUUACAUUUUGGAUAUGUGAUAUCAUCGUCACGUACUCGCUCCCAGUUAUGCUUAAUUCUGUGGGCCUUGGUGGUGUUUUUGGUAUGUAUGCGAUCGUAUGCAUCAUAGCUUGGGUGUUUGUCUUCUUAAAAGUUCCAGAAACCAAAGGCAUGCCACUGGAAGUGAUAACCGAGUUCUUCUCUGUCGGGGCAAAGCAAGCCGAAGCUGUCAGUGGUAGCUGAGUUAACAUUAUUGGAACUUUUCUUUAACAUAAAAUUGAUUUCAAUAUAUGGUUAUCAUGGUUUACUCCUCUUCAAGCACCCCUCCCACUUCUUAAAAUAUCUUCAUCCUGGGAAGGGAUUUGGGAUUAUAAUCUAUUUCUUUUGAAAUUGAUUUUAUAA